AUGCCAAUAGACUCCCUCCCGGAAGAACUCCUCCUCUCCAUCUUCUCCCACUUCGACACCUCCUCUCCCUCCGAACUCAAAUCCAGACAAGAACCCUCCCUCAAUCUCACCCUCUCAGACGUACACCCCUUAAAAGACAUCUCUCUCGUCUCCCAUCGAUGGCGACGCAUCGUCCUCUCCCUCCUCUUCCGCUACACCCGCUUCCACCUCAAGACACCCACGAAUCGGCCAAGCUGCUCGUUAUGUACAUCCACCUUUCUCCUCCCUUCUGACCACGAACCCGUCGUCCAUACCAGCGAAUCCGCCCGCUUCUUCCACGCUCGGAUCAACCAGGAGUCGAAGACGUGGUAUCAUUCCGACGACACCGCUCCCGCUAUUCAGGAUCUGCCAUGGAUCAACUACGUCUACCACGCUGUGACGUCCCUCCUUUCAUUCAUUUGCAGCCGUGGACUCGCGCCGCAUGUCUACUCUUUCGCGGUGUGUUCUCCGCGACUCCUCCACUUGGCGCAACUGGGACAUGGGCUAGCCGAAGAGGAUCCGCGGUAUCGCGUCACGACGGCCUUUUGGCGGGAGGUGUUCGAGGUGCUGGUGCCAAGCAGAGUGGUGGUGUUGGCGCCGCCGGGAGAUCUAGCGGUUUGGACGGGGUUGGGAGGGGUUGCGUUGGAGACAACGUGGGUGAGUUUGACAUUAAUGCUGAUGGCUUGA